AUGGCCCUCGAACUCCCCAGCUACCCGCCGCUCGAGGCGCGCCCGAUCAAGAACACCAUCGUGCUGUUUGACGUGGACGAGACAUUAACGAAGGCGCGCCGCGCCGCGACGCCCGAGAUGCUGCAGGCACUACAAGCACUACGGCAGAAGGUGGCGAUCGGGUACGUGGGCGGGUCGGACCUGUCGAAGCAGCAGGAGCAGCUGGGCACGGCCGACCGGCCCGUGACGAGCAUGUUCGACUUCUGCUUCUCGGAGAACGGCCUGACGGCCUUCAAGAUGGGCGCCGCGCUGCCGAGCAACAGCUUCAUCAAGUGGAUCGGCGAGGACCGCUACAAGGAGCUCGUCAGCUGGUGCCUGCACUACAUCGCCGACCUCGACACCCCGAUCAAGCGCGGCACCUUUGUCGAGUUCCGCAACGGCAUGGUCAAUGUUUCGCCCCUCGGCCGCAAUGCCACGAACCAGGAGCGCCUCGACUUCAAUGAGUAUGACAAUGUGCACAAGGUCCGCGAGACCAUGGUUGCGAAGCUGAAGGAGAAGUUUGGCCACCUGGGUCUGACGUAUGUCUCAUACCCCUAUACCCUCUACCUGUCCAAAAUCCCUACACAUAAUGUUAAACGCCCUCCCACUCCCACAUCAGGCACAACAACAGGAAACCCAGCUAAUUACCCCCACAACAGCUUCUCCAUCGGCGGCGCCAUCUCCUUCGACGUGUUCCCGACGGGCUGGGACAAAACGUACUGCCUCAAGCACCUGGAGGACGAGGCGCGCAAGCCGGGCGGCGUCAGCUACACGACGGUGCACUUCUACGGCGACAAGACCAUGCCCGGCGGCAACGACUACGAGAUCUACAGCGACCCGCGCACCAAGGGCCACUCGGUCGACGGGCCCGACGACACCCUCCGGCAGCUGAAGGAGGAGUGGGGUAUCUAG